AUGGGAAGGAAACCAUGCUGUCAAAAAGUAGGCUUAAAGAAGGGAGCAUGGAAUGCCGAAGAAGACGAUAAACUCAAGAACUUCAUUCUCACAAAUGGCCAAUGCUGCUGGAGAGCACUCCCUAAACUUGCAGGACUAUUAAGGUGCGGAAAAAGCUGCAGAUUGAGAUGGACAAACUAUCUUAGACCAGAUUUGAAGAGGGGAUUACUAUCAGAAGAUGAAGAGAAAAUAAUUAUUGACCUUCAUGCUAAGCUUGGAAAUAGAUGGUCCAUGAUUGCUUCUCAUCUCCCUGGAAGGACUGAUAACGAUAUAAAAAAUUACUGGAAUACACACAUCAAGAAAAAGCUGAGGAACAUGUUGAUUGAUCCUAUGUCCCAAAACCCCUUGCCACAUACCACCACCCCUCCACUGCCUCUGCAAGAACAGACACAAAAUCCCAUGGCGGGACAAGGACCACCGUCAGACGCGGUGGAUCAAAACAAGGACAACGAGACCUCAGUGCAACCCACCAUUACAGAGGGCGAAGAUGGAGACAAAAACAUUGCUUCAAGCCCAUUAAUGGAGAUGGGAAGCCAAGAAUGCUUUGAGAAAGUUGGUUCAAAGAAGGGAUUCUGGACUGCCGAGGAAGACGAAAAGCUCAGAAACUUCAUUCUCGAAAAUGGGCAAUGCUGCUGGAGAUCCGUCCCUAAACUUGCAGGACUAUCAAGAUGUAGUAAAAGCUGUAGAUUGAGAUGGAAAAAUUAUCUUGAUCCAGACUUGAAAAGGGGACUUCUAUCAGAAGAUGAAGAGAAGCUUGUUAUUGAUCUUCAUGCUAAGCUUGGAAACAGAUGGUCCAUGAUUGCUUCUCAUCUACCUGGAAGAACUGAUAGUUGUAUAAAGAAUCAGUGGAACACGCGCAUUAAGAAAAAGCUGAUGAAUUUAGGGAUUGAUCCUCUGACCCACAACUCACUGCAGCCUCCGACCACCGAUCAACCGUCGGAAAAUCAAGAACCACCGUCUCAGGUGGUGGAUCAAAACAGAGACCUUGAAACCUCAAUGCAAUCCACUAUUACUGAAGACAAAAGCACGGGUGCAAGCAUAUUUGAGGAUUUGCAAUUUCCUCCAGAUUUUAUUGAUUACAGUGAAAUCAUGUGUGUAUUGUGCGAUGAUUUCAGUAGUUAG